CAGUCGUUGCCUCUCAGAGCUGAAAUGGCGCAGAACGAUCAGCUGGACCGAGAAUCAUUCUCUUGUGUGAUCUGUCUGGAUUUACUGAAGGAUCCGGUGGGUCUUCCCUGUGGACACAGCUACUGUAUGAGCUGUAUUAAAGGAUUCUGGGAUGGAGAGGAUCAGAUGAAGAUCUACAGCUGCCCUCAGUGCAGAGAGGCCUUCACACCGAGGCCUGUCCUGAAGAAAAACACCAUGUUAGCAGCUUUAGUGGAGCAGCUGAAGAAGACUGGACUCCAAGCUGCUCCUGCUGAUCACUGCUAUGCUGGACCUGAAGAUGUGGCCUGUGAUGUCUGCACUGGUAGGAAGCUGAAAGCCUUCAAGUCCUGUCUGACUUGUCCUGCGUCUUACUGUAAGAAACAUCUUCAGCCUCAUUAUGAUGCAGCUCCAUUAAAGAAACACAAGCUGGUGGAGCCCUCGGAGAAGCUCCAGGAGAACAUCUGCUCUCGUCAUGAUGAGGUGAUGAAGAUAUUCUGCCGUACAGAUAAGAAGUGUAUCUGUUAUCUGUGCACUAUGGAGGAUCAUAAAGGCCACGACACAGUCCCAGCUGCAGCAGAAAGGACUCAGAGGCAGAGAGAGCUCGAGGUGAGUCGACUAAACAUCCAGCAGAGAAUCCAGGACAGAGAGAAAGAUGUGACGCUGCUUCAACAGGAGGUGGAGGCCGUCAGUCGCUCUGCUGAUAAAGCAGUGGAGGACAGUGAGAAGAUCUUCACUCAGCUGAUCCGUCUCCUCCAGAAAAGAAGCUCUGAUGUGAAGCAGCAGAUCAGAUCCCAGCAGCAAACUGAAGUGAGUGGAGUCAAAGAGCUUCAGGAGAAGCUGCAGCAGGAGAUCACUGAGCUGAAGAGGAAAGACGCUGAACUGAAGCAGCUCUCACACACAGAGGAUCACAACCAGUUUCUACACAACUACCCCUCAGUGUCACAACUCAGUGAACCUACAGACUCAUCCAGCAUCAAUAUCCGUCCUCUGAGAUACUUUGAGGAUGUGACAGCAGCUGUGUCAGAGCUCAGAGAUCUACUACAGGACAUCCUGAGGGACAAAUGGACAGACAUCCCACUGUUAGAGACUGAAGUGGACGUUUUACUGUCAGAACCAGAACCAGAAGCAGAACCCAAGACCAGAGCUGAGUUCUUAAAAUAUUCACGUGAAAUCACUCUGGAUCCAAACACAGUAAACACAUAUCUGUUAUUAUCUGAGGGGAACAGAAAAGUGGAAUAUGUAGAACAACAACAGUCUUAUUCUCUUCAUCCAGACAGAUUCACUGAUGAGCUUCAGGUCCUGAGUAGAGAGAGUCUGACUGGACGUUGUUACUGGGAGGUGGAGUUGAGAGGAGGAGUUUAUGUAGCAGUCGCAUACAAGAAUAUCAGCAGAGCCGGAAGUGAAUCUGAAUUUGGACGUAAUGACAAAUCUUGGUCUUUAUAUUGUUCCACUAUCGGUUAUAUAUUUUGGUUCAACAACAUUAAAACUCUCGUCUCAGGUCCUGGUUCCUCCAGAGUCGGAGUGUACCUGGAUCACAGAGCAAGUAUUCUGUCCUUCUACAGCGUCUCUGAAACCAUGACUCUCCUCCACAGAGUCCAGACCACAUUCACUCAGCCUCUCUAUGCUGGACUUUGGGUUGGUUUUGGAGCCUCAGCUGAGUUGUGUAAAGUGAAAUAG